AUGGAAGAGACGAAGCUCAUUCCAAUUCCAGAGCCCCGAGGCCUUCCUCUGUUGGGAAACAUUCUGGAUGUUGAUUCAGAGGCACCGGAGAAAAGCUUUCAGCGGCUGGCGGAAACAUAUGGUCCAAUCUUUCGGCUGAACCUCGCCGGAGCCUCAAGAGUGUUCAUAAGCACUUACGAACUCGUCGACGAAAUUUGCGAUGAGGAACGAUUCACCAAGGUUGUGACCGCUGGAUUGAGAGAGAUUCGAAACGGCGUUCAAGAUGGUCUGUUUACUGCAGAUUAUCCUGGAGAGGAUAACUGGGCAAUUGCACAUCGCGUCCUGGUUCCUGCUUUUGGACCGUUGAUGAUUCGAGCUAUGUAUGAAGACAUGUACGACAUUGCAAGCCAGCUUGCUCUUAAAUGGGCACGGCAGGGGUCUUCUGCGACCAUAAUGGCCAAUGAUGACUUCACUCGCUUAACGCUGGACACUAUCGCGCUCUGUUCCAUGGGAACUAGGUUCAAUUCUUUUUACAGUGAAGAUUUGCAUCCUUUUAUCAAGGCAGUGGCUACGUUGCUACAGGGAUCCUCAGAUAGGACUUUCCGUUCGACACUUCUUAACAACCUGCCUACGAGGGAAAAUAAAAAAUACUGGAGUGAUAUCAGUCUUCUGCGAACGUUGUCUCAGGAGCUAGUCGAUGCACGGAGAAACAAUCCAAUAGACAAGAAGGACCUUCUUAAUGCCCUUAUCCUUGGUCAAGACCUCCAGACUGGCCAGCAUCUCAGCGACGACUCAAUCAUCAACAAUAUGAUAACAUUCCUUGUCGCAGGUAAGGGGGUAUGUGUGGGACAUGAGACGACAUCUGCCACACUGACAUUCCUUUUCUACUAUUUGCUUAAGAACCCGCAUGCAUACCAGAGAGCACAGGAAGAAGUCGACACGGUAGUCGGUCAACGAAAGAUUAUAGUGGAGGAUUUGUCAAAAUUGCCCUACAUUGCAGCCUCACUGAGAGAGACACUGCGGCUUCAGGCUCCAGUUCCUUUAAUCGCUUUUCAUCCCCACCCUACUAAAAACCAUGAAGAUCCAGUAACUUUAGGGAAGGGCAAGUAUGCUUUAAACAACGAUGAGCCUGUGGUUCUUAUCAUGGGAAAGGUACAUCGGGAUCCGAAGGUCUUUGGUGAUGAUGCAGAGGAGUUCAAGCCAGAGAGAAUGCUGGAUAAAAACUUUGAAGACCUCCCUAAGAAUGCGUGGAAGCCAUUUGGGAACGGUAUGAGAGGAUGCAUCGGCCGCCCAUUUGCUUGGCAAGAGAUGUUGCUUGUGGUGGCCAUGUUGCUGCAAAAUCUCAAUUUUGAGAUGGAGAAUCCCAGCUAUGAUCUUCGAAUCAAGCAGUCACUAUCAAUCAAGCCUGACGGCUUCCAAAUGAAGGCAACGCUUCGAAGAGGUCUAGAUGCAGCCAAGCUAGCGAGCGUCUUGAACAGCGGUGGCGAUCUUUUGUCUCAUGCUCCUCAGAUACUCAAUGGGGAGUAUAAACCUAACACAGAUUUACGUUUUCAUUUGAGGCCUAUGCAUAUAUUCUUUGGUAGUAAUACUGGUACCUGUGAAGCUCUGGCUCGAAGGCUAGCUAAGGACUCUAUGGGAUACGGUUUUGCAACCAGAGUCGAAAGUCUGAACUCAGCCAUGGAGAACAUUCCCAGAGACAACCCUGUCAUCUUCAUUACCGCAACGUACGAGGGGCAGCCUCCUGAUAACGCUGCCCAUUUCUUCGAAUGGCUGAACGGGCUAAAGAAAGCUGAGCUGGAUGGAGUUAAUUAUUGUGUAUUCGGAUGUGGCCAUCAUGACUGGUCAGCCACGUUUCUACGUAUUCCCAAAGCUACCAAUGAUCUUAUAGAGAAGCACGGCGGAACCCGCUUAUGUGACAUGGGUAUGGCCGAUGCAGCCAAUUCAGACAUGUUCUCUGAUUUCGAUACCUGGAGCGAGCUCAUUCUCUGGCCGGCCAUCAAUUUGAAGUUUGGCCGUGCAUCAUCCGAGGGAGACGUACAAUCCAAGUCUGCCUUACAUGUUGACGUUAGUUCGAGCAUGCGAGCUUUCACAUUGGGCCUUCAGUUGCAGGAAGGAUACGUGCUCGAAAACAAACUACUCACAACACCCGACGUGCCCGCCAAGAGAAUGCUACGAUUCAAACUACCACCAGAUACAACCUACCAAUGUGGAGAUUAUCUCAUCGUACUACCUGUAAACCCAGCUCAUGUUGUCUGCCGCGCAAUCCGUCGUUUUAACAUAUCGUGGGACUCUAUGCUUACAGUCAGGAAGCCGUCGCAUGCUUCAGAUGGCAUCACGAACAUGCCCCUAGAGACACCCAUCUCCGCCUUCGAGCUCUUUUCAACAUACGUGGAGCUAUCCCAACCAGCAUCCAAACGAGACCUAAUCACCCUCGCAGACGCAGCUACCACAGAUACAGACGCUCAAGCAGAGCUACAGUCACUCGCCUCCAGCCCUAACCGCUUCACUGAAGAAGUCAUCAACAACCGCCUAAGCCCCCUCGACAUUCUCAUACGCCAUCCUUCCAUCAACCUACCACUGAGCACUUUCCUCGAAAUGCUACCCCCCUUGCGAGCGCGCCAAUACUCAAUCUCAUCAUCCCCACUAGCCAGCCGAUCCGACUGCACUAUCACAUUCUCAGUGCUAAACUCACCCCACCUAUCAACAGAAAACAAACGAUUCGUAGGAGUCGCAUCCACAUACCUCUCCGAACUUCAAGCGGGAGACCGCGUUCAAAUUUCCAUCCGCGCCUCGAACAACAAAGGCUUCAAACCCCCCUUGAAAGAGGAAACACCGAUGAUAAUGGCAUGCGCAGGAAGCGGUCUAGCCCCUUUCCGCGGGUUCAUCAUGGAUCGCGCGGAAAGGAUCCGCGGACGAGGCACCGAACUACUUUCCGACGAUGACCAUCCCGAGAUAGGUAAACCAGCAAGAGCUAUAUUAUACAUCGGCUGCCGCACAAAGGGCAAAGAUGAUAUUCAUGCGAGUGAGCUAGACGAAUGGACUCGCCAGGGUGCUGUUGAUGUCCGAUGGGCGUAUAGUCGGCCGACUGAUAGAUCGCAGGGACGUCAUGUUCAGGAUUUGCUGUUUGAGGAUCGUAACGAGUUACUUGAGUUGAUUGACCAGGGAGCACGCAUCUAUGUGUGUGGCGGAAUGAGUGUCGGGCAGGGUAUCCGCCAGGUAUUCAAAGAUAUGUUCAUUGAGAGAUGUCGCGAGGUGCUGGAGAAUGGCUCCGAUGGGGACGAGGACGUGGCUGCUGAGGAGUAUUUGGAUAGUUUGAAGACUGAGGAGAGGUAUGCGACGGAUGUAUUUACGUAG